GCGGUAGCGCGGGCUAGGAGCUGCGGGUCCUGGAGUCCCUUCCACACCAGCUUUGUCGCUUCUUCUUUCUCAGCGUAGCCCAGCCUCACCAUGGUGGACGCCUUCGUGGGCACCUGGAAGCUAGUGGACAGCAAGAAUUUCGAUGACUACAUGAAGUCAAUCGGUGUGGGUUUUGCUACCAGGCAGGUGGCCAGCAUGACCAAGCCUACCACCAUCAUCGAAGUAAAUGGGGAUACUAUCACCAUAAAAACACACAGCACCUUCAAGAACACGGAGGUCAGCUUCAAGCUGGGGGUGGAGUUCGAUGAGACAACGGCAGAUGACAGAAAGGUCAAGUCCAUUGUGACACUGGAUGGAAGCAAACUUGUCCACUUGCAGAAGUGGGACGGGCAAGAGUCAACACUCGUGCGGGAGCUCGUCGAUGGAAAACUCAUCUUGACACUCACCCAUGGCAGUGUAGUUUGUACCCGCACUUACGAGAAAGAAGCAUGACCUGUCCACUACUUCACUGACUGCUCCUCUGCCAACUGCCUACCCCUGGACUCAGCACUAGAUUGCCUCAUUUUUUUCCUCUGGCAUUUUGUAUAAAUCCGCCUUGGUUGGAGAAAUUCUUCUGGGAAUCCAUCCUGGAUCCAGUUCUGGUUCCCAUUGUGUUUGUUUUUUUUAACUGCAUCCAAAGGGUGCUCUGAGGUCAAUAAAGCGAAGCCAAGGCCACCUAGUUGCCUUUUUACCUUUGGUGACAUGA